AGUAUAGACACCAACCAGUAGUCGCACUCCCUGGUUUCUGUUACUCCAUUUAUGACUCGCGCAUCAUUUCCGUGCUCCUAACCUCAAAUUGUUGAGCAGCAUUUCGAAUUCGAGCAUUUGAAAUUUGAAAGUUAAGCAGAAGUAAAGGUGAACAUUAGAGACAGUCUCUGGUAAAUUGUAGCAAUUAUAAUCGUGUGAAGUAAAUAUAUUUGUGCAAAAUGGUGAAUUAUUGCAGCGUUUAUAAUUGCAAAAACAGUAGUGUUAAGAAUCCUAAACUUAGUUUUUUUCUCAUACCAGGAGACACUUUCAGGCAAAUGAUUUGGCUUCCAAAAAUGGGAAGGCAAGAAUGGAUUCUGAAAAGACCAGAACUUCUCCACAAAAAAAGAAUAUGUAGUGAGCAUUUUUCUAAAAAAAUGCUAUCUGGAAGUAGAUUAAAAAAGGAUUCUUUUCCAGAUUUAUUCAAAGAAGGCAUUGGUGAGAAAGGGGUGAAUGUAAAUGCUUCAACUUCUGCUUCAACAUCUUCAAUGGAUAUUGAAAAUAAUGAGACCGUAGAUGAAUGCCGUGAGAUUUCUAUAAACCCCAACAUAUAUACUACACCAGAAAAGAAACCAGAAGAAACACAAACAUCUCCUAGUUUGUCUUCAGCCACUCCGAGGAAAAGAAAGUUACAAUCAGUGGUGAAGAAUUUGAAACGAAAAUUAGUUGCAACUCCAGAGAAGAAAUCUGAAGAUAUAAGUGAUGAAGAUUUCAUCCGAUUUUGUAGAAAAAAUUUAAAUUCGACCCUGGCAGAUUUUAUGAUCUCCCAAUUGAAGCUUCGAAAAAGGAAACCUCAUGGCUAUAGGCCAUUUCAUUAAAGACAAGGAAUAUGGACGAUGCAGCAAAGGAUUGCAUUGUGUGUGUUGACGAGAUGUCAAUAAAAACCCAUUUAUUUUACAAUAUCUCAUUGGAUCAAAUUAUUGGAUUUCACCAAUCCUUGUGAGAAAUUUCCUUGGAAUUACUUAUUAAGUUUGUAUGUUAGAUUAAGAAUUUUUUACACACUUAAAUUUUGCAAUAGAAACUUCAUUGCACAAAAAACAAACAAAAAAGAAAAAAAAAUUAUAAAAAUUUUACAUUUAUAGAUAUAUUAUUUGUUUCUCGUGUUUUUUGUAUUAUAUGUAUGUAUUAAUAAAAUUUUAUUCAUUA